UUUCUGAUCCAUUACAGUUUUUUCUUUUUUGCAGCAGCCCGAUGUGCAGAUUAUGUGCAAGGAAAGCAUCACGAUGUACAUUUUUCAAAACGCCCUUCGCAAUGUCCAAAUUCCAGUCAGAACAGCUCCUUUCCCCAAAUCCCACAAUCCCGUGCUAAAACAAUCGAGACCGCCGAGCUAGGGUUUCUCACCACCGGCGGCGGGAUGGGCGGCAACAUGGCCAAACCUGCCAUACCCAAGCACCACCACCAGUCCCCUCCUCCUCUCCUUCCGCUGCCGCAUGGUCCCCGAGAAAUGGCCUCUCUGCCGAUCCCCGACGACCUCCUGCGUGAAAUCUUCAUCCGCCUGCCCACCCCAACCGAUCUCGUCCGAGCCUCCGCCACCUGCGUCUCCUUCCGCCGUGUCGUUGCCGAUCGCUCCUUCCUCCGGCGGUACCGCAAGCUCCACGCCCCGCCACUCCUCGGCUUCCUCAAUCCGCAUAGCAGCUUCCACCCCGCCGUGCCGCCUCACCCCGCUGCGUCGGCAGCCUGCGCCGUUGCCCUUGCCGCCGACUUCUCCUUCUCUUUUGUCCCCGCGCCAGCCACUUCUUACUGCUGGACCGUCCGGGACAUCCGGGACGGCCGCUUCCUGCUAGUCAGCGCCGGACAUGAUUUUUGGUGCGGAGAAAUGGUGGUCUGCGACCCCUUGCACCGGCGAUACAUCCGGCUUCCACCAAUCCCUGACGACCUAGCUGCUACGGUGGCAAACCCGGGUUUUUCUGAGACUUUCCUGGUUCCCCGAGGGGACGGCCAUGAUGAUGAGGCAGCAGCUGCAGAAGAGACAUCAUUCAGAGUCAUGGGUAUGGUAUGCUGCGAAGCUAACCCCAUCUCCUUUGUCUUCUCUUCCAGCACCAGACAAUGGCGAGCCGUUGCAUCCCAUAGUUGGUGCGAUUUGUUACCUGGCUUGCUAUCCUCGAUAGAGGAGAGACUCUUCUGCUGGCGCUGGCACCAAUACGUGUAUGGCUGCUUUUACUGGACUUCAGCAGACUAGGAGUAUGAAAUGAAAAUAUUGGUGUUCGACACCCGGAGGAUGGAGUUCUCCGUUGCCGACCCCCCAUCCGAGGAGAAACAUGCAUCCAGUAAUGAUAUAACUAUGAUCGAAGCAGGAGAAGGCAAGCCUGGGAUGCUUAUCCGUGGUAAUGACAUAUUUGGUCGCAUUUAUACUAUUUGGAGAAACAAUGAUGGGAUUUCCAGCCAGUGGCGGAAGGAGAAGAUAAUCUCACCCUCAUUGGGCUGUGAGUACAUGGAGAGCGGUUCAAUGGGCAAGUACUUGAUCCUGAAUCACUUGGGAAACUCAUCACUCGAGCCAGGCUUAUAUUUGUUGGACAUCAAAACAUUAGAACUUGAGAGGGUGUGUGCUUCGAUAGUGCAUGGCUUCGCAUAUAGCAACUACCCACCAUCGUUGUCGUCGCCGACAAUAUCAAGCGAUGUUGGAAACGGGGCUGAGGAGAUGCUUGAACAAGGCAGUGUUGCAAGCUCAAACCCAGAGUUACCAUGAUCAGAGUAGUUCAGUCGCGGAUGCCGGUGAUGUUGUGAUACAACUGGACUAUUGAGUGUUGACCGCUAAAUUGGUCUGUAAUAGGGUGUAUUUGGCUCUGUUUGGUUGUACUAUGGUCUAUGGUCAUGUAGAAUGAAUGAACCUGGAGUUUAUCAUGUGUGCAUGGGUCUGUAGUAGUGUGCAUCGUACCUGCAUCUGCAUAGUCAAUGUGAUUGUGAUCUUGUUGUAUGGCUUUGAAUCCCUGUACCUGCUAUUUGCUAGCACAACUGUAUGUGUUUGAAAUGCAACUUGUCAUGUACUUUAUGUUGGAUUCAGGUGAAAUGCCAAC